GAAGCUGGGAAGUCCGGUUGCUAAGGCUCGGUAAGUUGAGCUGAGGAGCCAAAGCUAGAAGUUGUGAGUGCGGAUUCCCUGUGAUUCCUCUGGGACCUGCACCGUCGGCAGUCGCGUGUUGCUGACUUAGGUGUAGACGACGCGGCGGGUGUCGAGGGGACGCGAAAACUCCCCGGAGCCGCAGUCUCCGCGGGGCGGCCUGGGAAAGUCAGCAGUCAGCCUCGCGGUGGCGGGAACCGCAGCCCGGGGUCCCUGGAACCUCCCAGGUCUCAGUGAUCACCCAGACCUGCUCCCCUGUGCAGCCGAACAAAGAGAUCAGGAAGGUGGAGAGGGAGGAGACGGUAGCUAAGGAUCCAGUCACUCCAAGUUAUGGAUUCACAUCUGAAGAUUAGGAGCUAGGAACUUCCUAUGAGAGAGAACAUGCAAUGUCUUUCUGAGUCUGAGUUACCUCACUCAGUAAGAUCCAGCCAUUCAACUUCAAAGCUCAAGAUUUCAAUUUUUACAGUGUGAAAUUAUAGCAAGCUAUCUAUUCAUUGCUCCUGAAAGAGAAACUGGAAGAAGAGAAGCAGUAAGAAAUGACUGAUUCUCCAUUUAAUCUGUCCCAGGGUCUGUUGACUUUCGGGGAUGUGACUGUGGACUUCUCCCAGGAGGAGUGGGAAUGCCUGGACUCUGCUCAGAGGACUUUGUACAUUGAUGUGAUGUUGGAGAAUUACAGCAACCUGGUCUCUGUGGAGAAUGAUUACAUAUGUGAUCCUGUCUAUCAGCAUGUGAAUAAAGAAGAGGAGUCUUCUCAGUGUAAUGAGCUUGGCAAAAUGCUUCAUGACCCCUCCACAUGUGCACUUUCUAGAACAAGUGAAACUACAGAAAACUCCAAUAACUACAGAUGCAGUAAUCACAGGGAGGACUCAAUUGACUCUUCAAACCCAGAUAGACAUGAAAGCGUGCACACUGGAGAAGAACCUUGGAAAUCUAAAGACUGCAAGAAAUCCAACGUUACUCAAGAUCAGAAAAUCUACACUGCAAAGAAAGAGCACAGGCAGGGAGAAUAUGCUGACUCUUUUCUUAAUGCAUUCAGUGUUAUGCAGCAAACAAUCUGUAAUAGAGAGAAACCACACCAGUGUGAAGAAUGUGGGAAAUACUUCAGUAAUUCCACAAGCCUCUCUGUGCACCAGAGAAUACAUACUGGAAAGAAACCCUACAAGUGCAAUGUUUGUGACAAAUCUUUCACCCAGUGCACAAAUCUUAAAGCACAUCAAAGAACUCAUACUGGAGAGAGACCUUAUGUAUGCAGAGAAUGUGAAAAGUCAUUUCGUCACUUGUCAGCACUUAAAAGCCAUCAGAAAAUGCAUACAGGAGAGAAGCCUUACAAAUGUAAGGAAUGUGACAAAUCCUUUUCCCAGGGCUCAAGUCUUAAAACGCAUCAAAGACUUCAUACUGGGGAGAAACCUUACAAAUGCAGAGAAUGUGGAAAGUCAUUUCCUCAGUCCUCAGCACUCAAAAGCCAUCAGAAAUUGCAUACUGGAGAGAAGCCUUACAAAUGUAAGGAAUGUAACAGAUCCUUUGCCCACUAUUCUAGUUUCAGGAGACAUCAGAAAAUCCAUACUGCUGAGGAACAUUCUGAUUAUGAAGUAUUGUGGCAAGGUCUUUCAUCAGCUUUCACACUGUAGAAGCCAUUACUGAUAGUAUGCUGGAGAGGACCCUUACAAAUGCAAUGACCGUGACACAGAUUCUUUACCCACUAUUAAUCAUUUAAAAGGCACCAUAAAAAUCAUUCUCUAGAGAUAUUGUAUAAUUGCAAAGAUUGUGUUAAGUCAUUUCUUGAAAUAUGACAUCUUAAAAGGCAUUACAGAAUCCAUACUGGAGAGAAAGGUUAGAAAUGUGAGGUAUUGUGGCAAAUCCUUAACCUAGGACUCACAUCUUAGAACGCAUCAGAGUGUUCAUACUGGAGAGAGACCUUACAGAUGUAAGGAAUGUGACAAGUCUUUUUUUUUUUUUUUUUUUU